CCAGUUGACGGCGAGCCGUGCGAGCAGACGGUCGUGUUGUAGUCGCAAUUGCUAGAAGGAAAGUGGCCCCCCAAAAACAACAAAAAAACACCAAACCGAAGCCCAAACAAAAAGCCCAUCACUAUCAUCAUAGUUACGGUGUGUUCCGAGUGUGGAAUUAGCACUGCGGAGUGCAGUGCAUUCCAAGAUAAAACUGCAAUCAAGGGACGCGAGUACGAAGGAUACACCGCCGCAUUAUCCUGAGGAGACAUAGACCCAUAGACCUCCCCAAAAGAACAGUGAGACAUUGUCCUUUAUUUUUGUUUACAACUCGCGGUCAGGACUUUGAAUUUUUGUGGGUCUAGGACUCGGUGGAGGGUGUCCCCCGUGUCUUUCGUGGUCACCGUGUUAGUUUGUGUGUGGUUUUACCACCCACCCCUAGUCCUGUCCUUAACCGCCGUGCUUUGUGUUUGUGUUCUGCUGCUGUAAAGUGGACGAUGCCAUGGCAACACAUUGCUAAUCGAUGACGUGACCACAAAAAAAAAACCACUCCAACAACCAACCAACAAAAUAACUGUCGGCAAACAACACCGAAAACACUCUUCACAUUUUGGGAUAACACUCGGAUAAUGACCAUCAACUGAUUUUGGACUGCAAUGGCUGCAAAAAUGUGAACGAGCAGAAGAGCAGCAACAACGAGGCGAAAUAUAUAAAAUAAAACAAAGAAGAAGAUAGGAGAAAGUAGCAAGGAAGAGGGGGAAAAAUCAUAAACAAGAUUUCUGAAGAUGCGAAGGCGACGCAGAUUGCAUUCAAGGAGCGCCGCACUAGGAUAACAAGGGAGAGAGGUGGAUGUGGAUGUGGGGGCAAACAAUGAGAACUAAUAAAGCACUUAAGCGGAUAGACGAGCAGCAACAAGGACAAGCAAAAGGACACUCAAGUGGAAGGCAGCUCACGGAGCAACAGCAGCAUCAAUCAAAAGCAGUUUUCAAGACCCACUGGGCGUAUGAUCAACGUGAUUCAGAUUGAUAAACAGACAAUGGAGGAAUCGCCUCAAAUGAGACGCGAAAUUGGUCGAAGACGUCCCUUGCAGCUGCUGCUGCAGCAGCAGCAGCACGAGGAGGAGCAGCAGCAGGCGAGAAUCCUUGAAGAGGAUGAUGCACGAGCUGCCACACCGCUGACAGCAAACGGUUGCACCACCACGGGCCUGACUGCUACCACCAACCAGAAGCAACAACCAUCAACGGAUAUGCAACGAAACCACCUGCAAAAGAUGCCAACGACAAGAACCACAGCAAGAGCAACAAUAGAAAAACCAACGAUAACAACCAUCACAAAAACUCCAACUCCAGCAGCAUCCUGCUGCCCGGAAACAGCACCAACUUCAAGAUUAAACUCUGCCUGGACAUUAAGGAUAUUAGCUAAGUGCGGCGGCAGCUUCCACUCCAGGCUGCUGCUGCUUCUCGGCUUAUGCCUGGGCUUCCUGGUGGGUGGCGGCCAGGCAGGAUUUGCCUGCCUCAGCAAUCCCUGUGUGUUUGGCGUAUGCAUCGAUGGCCUGAACAGCUCGUACUCGUGCUACUGCAUUGAUGGCUAUACAGGGAUCCAGUGCCAAACGAAUUGGGAUGAAUGCUGGUCGGGGCCCUGUCAAAAUGGCGGGACAUGUGUGGACGGUGUGGCCUACUACAAUUGUACGUGUCCGGAAGGAUUUUCUGGAACCCAGUGCGAGGAGAAUGUCGAUGAAUGCAUGUCGAAUCCGUGCCAGAAUGGCGGACAAUGUCGGGACCGGACUAAUGGCUAUAUAUGCACCUGCCAGCCUGGCUAUCUGGGGGAUCAUUGUGAACUGGAUGUGGCCGUCUGCGAUACGGGAACUGGUGCACGUUGCCAGCAUGGUGGCGAAUGCAUUGAAGGACCUGGCCUCGAGUUCACCUGCGAAUGUCCUGCUGGCUGGCAUGGACGCAUCUGUCAGGAGGAGAUCAACGAAUGUGAAUCGUCGCCGUGCCAGAAUGGCGGCGUUUGUGUCGACAAAUUGGCGGCCUAUGCCUGUGCCUGUCCCAUGGGCUAUACGGGCAUCAACUGCGAGGAGGAGAUACUCAUCUGUGCGGACAAUCCCUGCCAGAACAAUGCCCUCUGCCUCAUGGAGGAGGGCAUCCCGACCUGCUACUGUGUGCCCGACUAUCAUGGCGAGAAGUGCGAGUAUCAGUACGAUGAGUGCCAGCUGGGGCCGCGCUGCAUGAACGGUGGCGUCUGCAUCGAUGGCGUAGAUACCUUCUCCUGCUCCUGCCCCCCACUGCUGACGGGCAUGCUCUGCGAGUGUCUGAUGGUGGGUGAGGAGUCCUUGGACUGCAAUUACACUGCACCAGCCACCCAGGCCACACCCACACGUGCCACGACCACAACAUCCACGCUGGCACCGCCCACGGUGCGGCCUGUCACGCCGCCGGAGACGACCCUUGCCCCGCAACUGCCCGAAGAGCCCGUGGAGCCGCCUGUGGGCGCAACCACCGAAGCGGCGGCCGCCUCUUCCGAGGAGGUUUCAGUGGAGAUUAAACCACUGACAAUGGCACCACCCGAGAGCGGCAGUCACAGUGUGUCUGUGGAGCAAACCACAGUGGGUCCAGAGGUGCCCGAACCACAGCCAGAACCCCCCCAACCAGGCACUACCGCAGCUCCUGGGGUCAGUGCUGCUGGCUCUUCGGGUUCUUCCUCGGAGGAAACACCCAGCAUCUACACCACUCUGCCACCGCUGCCACGCACCACAUCUGCCUCGGCAGAAGCCUCUGGCGAGGUUGUCACAUCCGAAGAGUUCACCACGGUACCCCGCUUCGAGGUGAGUGGCAGUGGCAGCGAAGAAGCCACCACAUUGCGUCCCACUGCACCACCCAGCAUCACCCAGGCUGUGGACUAUGCCACAUCCUCCUCCGUCUCCUCCUCCUCCUCUUCGAGCUCGGAGUCUGCCGAACAGCAGCCCAUGGCCACCACCCCGGCGUCGAUCUUCGUGCAGCGUGUGACGACCAUCGAGACGAGCAUCUCUGUGGAUUAUGGCAGUGCCACGCCCACACCAACGCCCUACUAUCCACAGUUGGAGACAACUACAACGCGAGUGGUGCCUGUGCCCAGGCCCACCUUUGCCACAGAGCCACCACUGGAGCUGGAGGAGACCACCUCUACGCAUCACCUCUGGACAGAGGUGCCCACCACAGCGGCUCCGUUCUUCACGGAAUAUCCAGCCGAGGUGCUGAUAACCACCCACAGGACGAGCGCAGGCAGAUUCACAACAGUCCAACCACCACCACGUGGCACGACAAUCUCCGGCUCCCCAGAGGAAUACGAAACAUCGUCCAUAGAGCUAUCCACGGUGCACACGCCCCACAUAGUGGUGACCAUUCUGGACAGCAAUGCCAGCAUUCCACAGCUGAUUACAACAACGGCAGUGCCGCCCACCACGCAUCAUCACCAUCAUCAUCACGAGCACGAGACGACAGUUGAGCCGGGCGAGACCGUCAGCACGCUGCCCACAUCCAUCGAGGAGGAUGAGCACCAGCAUCACCAUCAUUAUCAUCCCCAGCACACGCCGCAUGUGGUUGUUACCACGCCCAUGCCGGUGGAGAUUACCACGGGAGUGGCCAUGCAGACAGAGGAUCUGAUUGGAGUGCAACAGCCUGCACCAGAGACUACAGUGGAGCCGUACAUACCGCCAGAGACAACAAUGCCGCCGCCUGUGCCAUCUGUGCCGCUCACUACGCUAAGACCUUUGCCUCUGCCCACGCUGAGACCUACACCAACGGAACCAACCACUGCGGCUCCCACAAUGCCUCCCACUGCAGCUCCCACUCUGCCGCCUGCUACGCUGCCACCCCCUACGAUUCCACCUACGCCGCCAUCCACACAAUCCGCACAAACACUGCCGCCACCCACGCAGCACGCAGUCUACAGCACGCCCGAAGGGCCGCCGGCACAGACGAGGCAGCCCGUCGUCACAGAGAGCAGCGAGGAGGUCGAGGGCUCGAACACAGUGGCCAGUGGAGGACGACCGGGUGCCAGUGGUGUGCCCGAGGAGAAGGCCGGAGAUGUGGACUGCAUCAAGUUGGGCUGCUACAAUGGCGGCACCUGCGUAACCACGUCGGAGGGUUCCAGGUGCGUUUGUCGAUUUGAUCGCCAGGGCCCGCUCUGUGAGCUGCCCAUCGUCAUACGGAAUGCAGCAUUUUCCGGCGACUCGUAUGUGUCGCAUCGCAUCUACAAGGACAUUGGACAGCACGAGGCUCUGGAUGCCGUGCUGCCCAUGCACAUCCAGCUGAAGGUGCGAACAAGAGCCACUAAUGGACUGAUCAUGCUGGCCGCCGCCCAGGGCACAAAGGGUGGACACUACAUGGCGUUGUUCCUCCAAAAGGGACUGAUGCAGUUUCAGUUCUCGUGCGGAUUGCAGACGAUGCUGCUGAGUGAGCUGGAAACGCCGGUGAAUACGGGCCACGAAAUUACCAUUCGAGCUGAAUUGGACUUUAGCCGGAAUUACACACACUGCAAUGCCUCGCUGCUGGUGAACGACACAUUGGCCAUGUCCGGGGAUCAGCCGACGUGGCUGAAACUACUGCCCCAGCGACUGCAUACACCGGAGGCGAUACUGAACACAUGGCUGCACUUGGGCGGGGCACCCCAAGCGCCGAUUGGCCUGAUUAUCGAGUUGCCGCCAGCACAAAGCGGCACCGGCUUCACCGGGUGUCUCCACACGUUGCGCAUUAACGGACAAGGGCGCGAAAUAUUCGGCGAUGCCCUUGAUGGCUUUGGCAUUACGGAAUGCGGCUCUUUGGCCUGCCUAUCGAGUCCCUGUCGCAAUGGUGCCGCCUGCAUUAAGAUCGAAACGAAUGAUCUGGACGAGAAUGGCGAGAAGGCAGAGAAAUGGAAAUGUAAAUGUCCGACAGGCUAUAUGGGACCCACCUGUGAGAUAUCCGUGUGCGAGGAUAAUCCCUGCCAAUAUGGUGGCACGUGUGUACAGUUUCCGGGCAGUGGGUAUCUGUGUCUGUGUCCUUUGGGCAAACAUGGACACUACUGCGAGCAUAAUCUCGAAGUGGCGCUACCCUCAUUCUCUGGCAGCGUUAAUGGUUUGUCCUCUUUUGUGGCCUACACCGUGCCCAUUCCCUUGGAGUAUUCCCUAGAGCUGAGCUUCAAGAUUUUGCCCCAGACCAUGUCACAGAUCUCGCUGCUGGCAUUCCUCGGCCAAUCGGGCUAUCACGAUGAGAAGAGCGAUCAUCUGGCCGUGAGCUUCAUACAGGGUUACAUUAUGUUGACCUGGAAUCUGGGCGCCGGACCACGUCGCAUUUUCACCCAGAAACCCAUCGAUUUUCGGCUGGAUGCUCCGCGAGUGCCCUACGAAAUAAAAGUGGGUCGCAUUGGGCGGCAGGCGUGGCUUUCGGUCGAUGGAAAGUUCAACAUUACAGGACGUUCACCGGGCAGCGUUAGUCGCAUGGAGGUGCUGCCCAUACUCUAUUUGGGUGGUCAUGAAAUUGCCAACUUUAAUACCCUGCCACACGAUCUGCCGCUGCAUUCGGGCUUCCAGGGCUGCAUCUACGAUGUCCAGCUGAAGGCUGGCGCUGUGACAGUGCCCCUGCAGGAGACACGUGGCGUUCGUGGUCGUGGAGUCGGACAAUGUGGCACCAGGGAGUGCCAUCGACAUGCCUGCCAGCAUGAUGGCGCCUGUUUGCAGCAUGGAGCAACCUUUACUUGCAUCUGCCAGGAGGGCUGGUAUGGUCCAUUGUGUGCACAGCCCACGAAUCCCUGUGAUUCGUUCAACAAUAAAUGCUACGAGGAUGCCACUUGUGUGCCUCUGGUGAAUGGCUACGAAUGCGAUUGUCCUGUGGGUCGCACGGGCAAGAAUUGUGAAGAGGUUAUACGCUCCCUCAGCGAUGUCUCACUCACCGGCAGACGCUCUUACUUGGCCGUUCGCUGGCCCUAUCUGUACGAUGGCGGCGACAAACUGGGCGCCAAGCGUUCCCAAAUGGUUAGCUAUCGAAAUUUCACCAAGAAAUUGAUGCCCCCCAAACCCAUCUCGACGCCCAGCACACACUUUGUGAUGAAGCUGCUCAACGAAGUGGAGAAGCAGCGCAGCUUCUCGCCCGUGCCCCUGAUGGGUUCCAAGACCUUCGAGGAGAUUCAUCGCGUGCAGUUCUUCUUCAUUGAGUUCCAGCUGCGUCCGCUUUCGGAGCGCGGAUUGCUCUUGUAUUUUGGUACACUAAACAACAACCAGGACAAGAAAAUUGGCUUCGUUUCGCUCUCACUGCAGGGCGGGGUGGUGGAAUUCCGCAUUUCGGGACCCAGCACUCAUGUGACAGUGGUGCGCAGUGUCCGCAUGUUGGCCAUUGGCGAGUGGCACAAGAUCAAAAUGGCCCAAAGGGGUCGCUGGCUCACACUCUGGGUGGAGGGCAGUGCCUCCUCGGCAUUGGCUCCAUCCGCAGAGGUUCUGGUCGAACCUGAUUCCCUCCUGUAUGUAGGUGGCCUCAAGGAUGUGUCCAAGCUGCCGCAUAAUGCCAUCUCGGGCUUCCCCAUACCCUUCCGUGGCUGUGUUCGCGGUUUGGUUGUCAGCGGCACAAGAAUUGUUCUGAAUGAAACCAAUAUUGUGGAAUCUCGUAAUAUUCGUGACUGCGAUGGCACUGCUUGUGGCGGUGAUUCCUGCGAAUCUGGUGGACACUGCUGGCUGGAUGAGAAACUACAGCCCCAUUGCAUUUGUCCAGAGUAUGCCAAGGGCGAUCGUUGUGAAUAUUCCGAAUCCUGCAAGCUGAUACCCUGCAAAAACAAUGGACGUUGCCUGCGCAGUGGUCGCUGUUCGUGUCCCAAUGGUUGGGGCGGUUUCUACUGUGAAAUUGCCAUGAGUAAACCAACAACACCAAGCUUCCGUGGCAACAGUUACCUGAUCUUGCCGCCACCCCGCAUACCCAUGAAAGACAAGCGACGCGGACCCUCGCUCUAUGUGCGCCCCCGCGAAGCCAUUCAAAUCAGCCUCAAUUUCUCCACCAUCGAGCCGGACGGUCUGCUGCUCUGGAGCGAACACGAUCGCCGCAAAUUCUUGGGCCUGGGCCUGGAGAACGGCCACCUAAAGCUGGCCAGCAAUCUCUUAGGCAGCAACAAUGACACGGUCCAGGCCCCAGCCAGUGGCUUCAUAGCCGAUGGCGCCUGGCACUGGACGAGUGUGCUCUUGGAUCGCACUCGACUGGAGCUGCAGCUGGAUGGAGAGGUGAUCUUUACGGAACGUUUGCCGGAGGGCCCCAACCGGCGAGAUGAUUCAACAACAACGCAGGCCACAGCUUUGUCCAGCAGGCGGAGAGCAGCGGGCAAAGAGCCGACCAUUAGCUAUGAGGAUGUCUUUUAUUUGGGCGGAUUUCCCAAUCUGGAUUCGGUGAGCAAACGCACGCUGGGCCGCUACUUUGAGCCCUUCAAGGGCUGCCUGCAGGAUAUACAGUUUGGAUCCGAACCACAGGCCAUUAUUAGCGAUUUCUCGGCGUAUCAGGGCGAGAAUAUUGGCUCUUGUGAUCUUCACGGUGAUGAGCCGAUUGUUGUAUAAAAAAAAAAAACGAGUAACAAAAUAAUCAAAAAACAAAGAAGAUUCCAAAAUAGGGGGAAAUGAGCAAAACUGAAGACGAAUUAUGAAUGAAGAGAAGAUAACUACUUUUAAGUUAAGAUUUAAGGCAAGAAUAAAUAGGAAAUGGACGAUAAUGGCGACGACAUAUUUCCCGGCAUCAGUUUUUGGGGCAAUAAUCGAUUAAAGAUCGAUUAAUAAAAAAGACAAGCAAAGGAACGUAAUUUUGUAAAUUUUAUAGAAAUAAAAACUGAAAAAACUGAAAAAAAGACAAAAAGUUUAGACUUAAAAAAAUCAUGAAAAUUGAAAAAUAAUUGAAAGGAAAGAAAACAAAAAACACUUAACUCUCGAGACAAAAUUAUACAGUUUAGGAACUAAAAACUAACUCUAGUGAAUACCGAUUACCAGAUACAGAUAUAGAACUUCUCUUACGUAAGUGAUAUUUCAAAUGGAAUAAUGGAUAAAAAAAACACCCAAAAAAACCAAUAUAAUAUUUAUUUAACUGAAUGCAUAUUCGUUUUUGUUUGUUGAUUGAGGAUUUGUGUUAUGCUGUUGUAACUAUAAAUUCUAUAUAUAUAUAGACUAUCCAGAUUAUGUGUUCUUCUUUCCAUUCGAUACACUCAAAACACUAUCUACGAAAACUGCCCUAUUUUUCUACCAUUUUUCAUUUGUUCAAUUUUAAAAUGAAUUUUAUCUAAUAUUAAUACAAUAUUAUUGUUUUCCCUGUUAUCUGUAUACGUUAUAUAGCAUAAAGCUCUCUCCCGAUUGAAGCCAUUUAGUUGCCUUGUAGUAAGUUAGUGUAUAAUCUCUGUCUCUCUAUAAACUAUGAUUUAUCGUAAAGAACUAACUCAAAACAAACAAAAAAAAAGAAGCCCAUAACGGCUAAGUCUAUAGUUAUGAAAAGUCAUACAAUAUAAUUAUUCUUAUAUAUGGAAAAACCAAGUAGCAAGAAACCAAAAAAAACCCUUAUACAUAUAUAAAUAUAUACAAUACGAUAUACAAUACAUGAAAAAAUAUAUUGGUAAAUUGUAACCAAAAAACGCAGUACAUUAAGUAUGUAUUUAUUUCGAGAGACAACUUAACCAGUUAUAAUUUUAAAUU